UGUACUGGGCUUAAACCCAGAAUAGUUGUAAACUUUUAGCCCAACCCAAAACCAAAAACCCUACAUCUAGUUCAUUCAACUCCCACCUGCAGUCGAGAAGUCUGAGACACCAAUCGAGGUGAACGAAGGUGAAGCUCUUCGAAAAUGGGUCAAUUUAGGUUUCAUCAGUACCAAGUGGUGGGAAGAGCAUUGCCCACUGAAUCCGAUGAACAUCCCAAGAUUUACCGCAUGAAGCUUUGGGCAACCAACGAAGUUCGGGCCAAGUCCAAAUUUUGGUAUUUUCUCAGGAAGUUGAAGAAGGUUAAGAAAAGCAAUGGUCAGGUUCUUGCCAUUAAUGAGAUCUAUGAGAAGAACCCUACUACUAUCAAGAACUAUGGAAUAUGGUUGCGUUACCAAAGUAGAACCGGCUACCACAACAUGUACAAGGAAUUCCGUGACACCACAUUGAACGGUGCUGUUGAGCAAAUGUACACCGAGAUGGCUUCUCGACACAGAGUCAGGGCCCCGUGCAUCCAGAUUAUCAAGACAACAACUGUUACUGAUGAACUUUGCAAGAGGGAGAACACCAAACAGUUCCACAGCAAGGAUAUUAAGUUUCCACAAGUGUUUAAGAAGAUUAGACCACCAAGUAGGAAGCUCAAGACAACGUACAAAGCAUCAAAGCCUAAUCUCUUCAUGUAAGGCACCACUUAGGUUGGAAACUGCAAGCAUAAACACUUGAAUAUUUUUCCUAAAUUGAGGGCUCGGUUGUUAUUUUUGUCAGUUUUCAGUUGUUGGUUUUUUGUUAUAAAAGUAAUGUGAUUUAGAUUGAA